AUGUGUGGCACUGACAAUUUUUCAUUUCUCUCUGCAGAUAUUGCUGUCGUAGAGAUGAGUGAUGCCUUCCGUCAGCCUUCCCUGUUCUACCACCUGGGAGUCAGGGAGAGCUUCAGCAUGGCUAACAACAUUAUCCUCUACUGUGAUACAAACGCAGAGUCUCUGCAGUCGCUGAAGGAAAUUAUUUGCCAGAAGAAUAAUAUGUGCACUGGUAAAUAAAUAUUUGUUCCUUAUAUGAUAACUCCACAUAACAAGGUGUACUGCUGUGAUAGCAGUUUUAUGAAGGGACUAACAGAACUGAUGCAGCCCAGUUUUGAGUCGCUGCUUGGGCCUAUAUGCUUACCUCUGGUGGAUCGAUUUAUUCAGCUCUUGAAGGUGGCACAGGCCAGUUCAAGCCAGUAUUUCCGGGAAUCCAUUCUGAAUGACAUCAGGAAGGCCCGUACCCUCUACACAGGCAAAGAGCUUGCGGCAGAGUUGGCAAGGAUUCGACAGCGAGUGGAUAAUGUUGAAGUCUUGUCUGCUGACAUUGUAAUAAACUUGCUGCUGUCCUACAGAGACAUCCAGGAUUAUGAUUCCAUUGUGAAACUGGUGAAAACUUUAGAAAAACUGCCUACUUUUGACUUGGCUUCCCACCACCAUGUGAGGUUUCAUUAUGCGUUUGCGCUGAACAGGCGAAAUCUGCCCGGAGACAGACAGAAAGCUCUAGAAAUUAUGAUUCCCCUGGUAGAACAGGAAGACCAAGUAGCUUCAGAUAUGUACUGCCUGGUUGGUCGAAUUUACAAGGACAUGUUUUUGGAAUCUGGGUUCUUAGAUACAGAAAGCAGGGACAAAGGGACAUUCUGGUUCAAGAAGGCGUUUGAGUCAGAGCCAACAUUACAGUCAGGAAUUAAUUAUGCAGUACUCCUCCUGGCAGCUGGACAUUGCUUUGAUACUUCUUUUGAGCUGCGGAAAGUUGGAGUAAAGAUCAGCAGCCUGCUUGGUAAAAAGGGGAGCUUGGAGAAACUGCAGAGCUAUUGGGAAGUGGGAUCUUUCCUGGGGGCCAGUAUGUUGGCUAAUGACCAUAUAAGAGUGAUCCAGGCUUCAGAAAAGCUGUUUAAGCUAAAGGCACCAGCAUGGUACCUGAAGUCUAUUGUAGAGACUGUUUUGAUAUAUCAGCAUUUUAAGAAACUGACUCCAGAACAACAUACGGCCAAACAGGAACUUGUGGACUUCUGGAUGGACUUCCUUGUUGAAGCCACAAAGACAGAUGUGACUGUAGUUCGAUUUCCAGUUUUAAUAUUAGAACCAACAAAAAUCUAUCAGCCCUCAUAUCUCUCCAUCAACAGUGAAGCCGAGGAGAAGACUGUAUCUAUCUGGCAUGUGCUACCUGACGACAAGAAAGGUAUCCACGAAUGGAACUUCAGUGCUGCUUCUAUCAGGGGAGUAAGCAUUUCGAAGUUUGAAGAACGGUGCUGUUUCCUAUAUGUGCUGCACAACUCAGAUGACUUUCAAAUCUAUUUCUGCACAGAACUUCACUGCAGAAGGUGCGUCACGCUUGUUAUUUCCAAAAAAACCCGGCCUGUGAUGGGGUAGAUGGUGUCUGCAUGCACAAGAGGGACUGACUGUUUCAGAAAUAUGGUGAAAUAUGAUUAUGAAUAUGAUGAAAAUGGCGAGCGAGUCAUUCUGGGGAAAGGAACUUACGGCAUUGUAUAUGCAGGACGAGAUUUGAGCAAUCAAGUCAGAAUUGCUAUUAAAGAAAUCCCAGAGAGAGACAGCAGGUACUCCCAACCUCUGCAUGAAGAAAUAGCUUUGCAUAAGCAUCUCAAACAUAAGAACAUUGUCCAGUAUUUAGGUUCUCUUAGUGAGAAUGGCUUCAUUAAGAUAUUCAUGGAACAGGUGCCAGGUGGCAGCCUUUCUGCUCUUCUACGAUCAAAAUGGGGACCAUUAAAAAAUAAUGAGCAGACAAUUGGCUUUUACACCAAGCAGAUUCUUGAAGGAUUGAAAUACCUCCACGAUAAUCAAAUAGUGCAUCGAGACAUAAAGGGUGAUAACGUGCUUAUCAACACAUAUAGUGGAGUGUUAAAGAUUUCGGACUUUGGAACUUCAAAGAGACUUGCAGGAAUCAACCCAUGUACUGAAACUUUCACUGGUACCCUUCAGUAUAUGGCACCAGAAAUCAUAGACAAAGGACCACGUGGCUAUGGGAAGGCUGCAGACAUCUGGUCUUUGGGAUGCACAAUCAUUGAGAUGGCUACAGGGAAGCCCCCAUUUUAUGAACUGGGAGAACCACAAGCAGCUAUGUUUAAGGUGGGAAUGUUUAAAAUACACCCAGAGAUUCCUGAAUCCAUGUCUGCAGAAGCCAAGGCUUUCAUAUUGCGUUGCUUUGAACCAGAUCCUGAUAAACGAGCUUUUGCUCAUGAGCUACUUAUAGAUGAAUUCUUGAAGGUUUCAAGCAAAAAAAGGAAGUCCCCAUCAAAGCUCUCAGUGCUUUCAGCUAGCACAAAUGAGUAUCUUCGGAGUAUAUCCUUACCUGUCCCUGUUCUGGUGGAAGAUACAAGUAGCAGCAGUGAAUAUGGUUCUGUCUCACCUGAUACAGAAUUAAAAAUUGAUCCAUUCUCUUUCAAAACAAGAGCCAAAUCCUGUGGAGAAAAAGAUGGGAAGGGAAUCCGGUCCCUUUUUCUGAGCAUCCCAGAUGAAAAUUUUGAGGAUCACAGUGCACCUCCGUCACCUGAAGAGAAAGAUUCUGGGUUUUUCAUGCUGAAGAAGGAUAGCGAAAGGAGAGCCACCCUUCACAGAAUAUUAACUGAGGACCAAGAGAAGGUGGUGAGGAACUUGAUGGAAGCUUUGGCUCAGGGAGCUGAAGAACCCAAGCUAAAAUGGGAACAUAUCACAACGCUCGUUUCCAGCCUCAGAGAGUUUGUACGGUCCACUGAUCGUAAAAUCAUCGCAACCACUCUUUCAAAACUGAAACUGGAGUUAGACUUUGACAGCCAUGGUAUCAGUCAAGUGCAGCUCGUGCUGUUUGGUUUUCAGGAUGCUGUCAAUAAAGUUCUCCGAAAUCAUAACAUCAAGCCACAUUGGAUGUUUGCAUUGGAUAGCAUAAUCAGAAAAGCUGUGCAGACUGCUAUUACUAUUCUGGUCCCAGAAUUGAGGCCACAUUUUAGUCUUGCAUCUGAAAGUGAUACAGCAGAUCAAGAUGAUAUAGAAGCUGAAGAAGAUCAAGAUGAACAGCCUCAGAAUCAAACUAUCCAACAGCCUUGCAUUGUCAUGGAAGAUGCAGUAGCUACCUCAGGUGUAAGCACACUCAGCUCUACAGUAUCCCAUGACUCCCAGGCUGCUCACAGAUCACUGAGUGUCCAGCUGGGCAGGCUAAAAUUGGAGACAAACAGGUUAUUGGAGGAGUUGGUUCAAAAGGAGAGAGAAUUUCAAGUCCUCUUACAUCAAGCUAUAGAAGAAAAAGAUCAAGAGAUCAGAAACCUACGGCUUAGGUCACAGCCAAUAGAUAUUCCUGGAUUGUCUGUCUGUCAUCGUCAUUCCACUGGCACAGGGACCGAAGACCCUGAUCUCAUAAACUGGUUGAGCGUUCAAGGAGCUGAUGAGGCCACGAUAAACAAGUUCUUGGCUGAAGACUAUACAUUAAUGGAUGUUCUCUGCUAUGUUACACGAGAUGAUCUGAAAUGUUUGAGACUGAGAGGAGGAAUGCUAUGCACGCUCUGGAAGGCCAUCACUGACUUUCGAGAGAAACAUGCCUGACACUGAAAUUUUUCUUCGCUUCUCUGCAGAGAGGAAAAUAUUUCCUUUCAGCACAGAGCAGGUUUGCCGUCAGAAGGACUGUUGCACUUUAAUCCAGUAUUUGUUUACCAAUGUUAAAAACACUGCAGCUUCCUGACUGCUUUUAAUCCUAUAAUCCAUAAGGAAUCUGUAAAGAACCUGCAACGUUAUUUUACUUUAAAUGUUUUUACAUGCAAGUUUUUCAAAAAUAAAAAAACCCUACCAAAACCCAUUAUAAACUCAUAAAAUAUUGUAGUUAAAGUAACUAGAUGUUAAUUUCAUGAAAAAACUGUACAUCACUGGAACAAAACCAAAAUGUGACAACAACUUCUCAAGUUUCUUUUUCUUUGUAACAUAUCUCAAUAAUCUGUAGUAGAACUUCACAAUUUCAGUCAUAAUUAGAUAUUUUUCUUUUAGUGCGCAAGACCUAAAGGUAACUGUUUUUACCUACUCCCCUUCAUAGUUUAAUAUUGUUUAUUUUUGGUAAUUUAAGUUCUAUGGUGCAUUUGUUUUAGAGUUGUUUAUGUACUACUGAACUGUACCAGUUGCAUACACCUGAACCACAGUAAUGUUAGCUUGUUCUAAAGCUAUCUCUGACAUACAC